AUGGAGAAGCACGAAACUCAGAUUGGCAGCUCAGAAGUCAGACCUGACAGUGAGCAUAGUCAGGCAGCCGUUGUUCCAACUGCUGCAGCAUGGCCAACACAACCAAAGCCUCUGGUUCUUUCGAAAUGGGAGCGGAACUUGUGGUUAGCGUACGACAUCUUUCUCGUAUUUAUGCCAGUUGCUCUGAUUGUGAAAACUGGGUUGGUGAUUCUGGCUUGGAAGCUCGACAGCGGCAAUUCAGGCUCAUAUUUCGACCAAGCUAGUCAGCUCUCCUGGUACUUGGUAAGCUUCAACAGUCAGCUGGUCACUCUCUUCACCAUCAUUUUUGUCACCAUCAUCUCGACAUGCGUGAAGCGAUAUGCACUAUGGAAAGCACAGAAAGGAGCAUACCUCUCAGAACUCGAACAGCUUCAAGGAAGUAUUAGUCUGCCAAGUACCCUCAAGCUCAUCUGGUCUUUACGAUCCUUCAGCACCAUGUCCGCCUGCCUCGUCUGUAUCUGGGCAUUCUACUAUCUGGGUAGUCAGGCUGCCAAGGAGGAGUACGUUGCAAGUAAUUCCGAUGCCAUCAAGGAUCGUUAUGCCUUCGUUCAGCGGCCAGAUGGACCAACGAUUUUCGACUCAGGAGUGAACGACUUUCUCAAUUCUUCUGGUGCUUCGAAUGUCACGUAUGCUACCUACCGAGAUCUGAACUACCGCUUUGCCAAUGCUCUUCUCCUGAAGGGAGAUAUGACUCGGAGACGAGAUGAUCCGACCGCGGGCACAAACGAUGGACCAUUGAUACCAGACCUCGAUUCUGUCAUAGCGGCCCACGAUCCAGGGAGCACAUUGAACAAGGUUGUUACCCAUGUUACAGGCUGGAUCGAUGUGUCUCAGCAGUCCAAGAACCAAUACCUUUACACGAGUCAUCAGGGUGUUUCACCACUUCUAGCAUCUUGGACCCCCAAGAACAAAGACGAUUUAAGUUAUUAUGACCAGCAAAUUCUAGGUUCGUACGAACUUAGCACGAGCUAUCUAUCAGUCGCAUGCUCCGAUCUCGAGGCACUGCCAGUUGACAUGUUCCCCAACGGUACAAGCUAUAACUCUUCUGUCAGUCUCAACGUCACUUCCUAUCGACCUGACGCUCCCCGCGAUGCAGCCGGUCACGCUCUACGAGAGUUUGAAUACUGGUACAGGACGAGUAUGCUCGUGAAUGCUACCGUGGAACGCUUCGAAGGAGGAGGAUUCCAGAUAAUUGGCGGCGUCUCUCAGAAUUUCGCUUUGAGAGGGGUUUGCAAUGUAACGACGAAAAAUAUCGACCUGAAAGUAUCAUGUGUCACGACUGGCUGCUAUCCUCACGCCAUGCGAUGGCACAACAACACAAAUGCCACAGCAGCAACGAGCUACAGCACGCCCUUCGACUCCUUGGAGUUCGGUAACAAUUUUCUCAGCAAUCUGACUUUGUCCACAGGGCCAGCGUUUGACUGGGUCAUGGACGCGCCCUUGGUCUACAACUAUCUUUCUACAAGUGGGACUGGCUUGUACGAUACCUCCGAUCCGAGUGCUUGGAUUGGCACUCCACCUGCUCUAUCAAUGACCCAGGUUUUCAACACCUAUCUUACGCUUUCGCAAUCAAUGAUACAACAAUACAUGCCACAAGACAUCGCUGCCAUCAUGGAAAAAGGCUCAGACGCCGUGAACAUGAAACUGACCGUGGAUGGCGCACCAUUUGUGCGAGCAUACAGAAUCGAUUGGCGUUGGGUUCCCAUCGAUUUCAUUUCCUCAGCCAUUCUUCUCGCAGCUGCCAUCGCUUCUUGGUGGCUACGUACCAAGACUUUGGCACCAGAUAUCUUCGGCUACGUCUCCUCUCUCACGCGAGACAACGAGCAUGUGCCACUACCCACAGAGGGGUCAAUGCUGUCAGGUAUUGAUAGGGCAAGGAUGCUCAAGAACGUCAAGGUCAAGAUUGGGGAUCUAGGAGCCGGACCUUCAACACACGAAGGAAAUGUUGGCAGGAUUGGUCUUGCGCCUGCUGAUGCGAGUGUAUCGGGUCUGAGGCAGGAACGUCUAUAUGUUUAG